AUGGCACCUCUUAUUCGAGUGAUCGGUUCGCUCAACGCGGACAUGGUCUCAGUAACUCCCCGCUUCCCAGAAGCAGGCGAGACAAUCACAGCAACUUCAUUUACGACAAGCGCAGGCGGCAAAGGCGCCAAUCAAGCCGUGGCCUGUGGCCGACUUUCCCGCUCGAAACCUACCGAGACGCAUUCGUCGAAGUCGAACAAUCCAGUCAAUGUUGAGAUGGUCGGCGCAGUCGGUGGUCGCGAUGCACAUUUCCAAUCUCUGCUGGGACCAACGCUCGAAAAGUCUGGUUUGGAUACAUCGAGGAUCAGGACGGUGGAUGAUUACACUGGUGUAGCGGUGAUUGUGGUGGAUUCAUCGGCUGGUGGUGAGAAUCGUAUAUUGUUCUCGCCUGGAGCCAACUAUACAGGCAUGCAGGCAAUUCCAGAAGUCCUAGGCAUGGGUCUGGCAUCUCCGGUCCCUGAUGUCAUUGUAAUGCAGGGAGAGAUACCGACUGAAACCACCAUUGGUAUCUUACGAGAGAUUGCGAAAUACAAGAAGACUCAAAGGGAAAAUGGACUAAAGGGGAUUGAUGCGGGACCAGAAGUCAUGUUCAACCCGGCACCGGCACCGCCAGGUGGCUUGCCUGAGGAUGUCUAUUCAGCCAUUGAUCAUUUGAUCAUGAACGAGACAGAGGCCGAAUUAAUGGCACCCAAAACCGAGAAACUACUACAUGUUGUUCCCGGCGCCAAGGGCGCAAGCCUCCGAGAACAGGUAGCCCAGUAUUUCCAUAAAUUGGGAGUGACAUACGUGAUCAUCACACUUGGAGCGAAGGGUGUCUGGUACAGUGCAUGCGACGCCGGGAUAGCGAUCGCUGCUGACGAGACAACACGAUUCACAAAUGAGAUUCCAGCCGCAAAAGUGUCCCUUGUUCUAGAUACCACGGCAGCAGGCGAUACGUUUAUUGGUGGCUACGCAACACAUGUAGCUCGGUGGCGAGAACAGCGCCGUGCACAGGGAAAGUCGAUCAAUGAGCUUGAGCAGCACGAGAAGAAAGAGCGGUAUCAAGUAGUGAUGGAUGAGGCUAUGAAACGCGCAGGACGGGCAUCUGCACGUUGUGUGGAGAGGCAGGGUGCAAUGGACAGCAUUCCUUGGGAGGAUGAGAUCUAG